AUGGCGACCAAUUUAGCGUCGGUUCUUACGCAUAAAGGUCAUUUUACGAGGAGUCAGAGAUUAUUGGACGGCAUAGCGGCGGGCGAGGAAAUCGAUGAGGAAAUGGUGCGGUCCAUUUUCAAAGAUCUUCAAAAUCAGGUCGAAAAAAUUGCGGAAAUUUAUGAUGAGUUGGUCAUUGACGACAGCAAGUUGGCAUUGGAACAAGAAGACGUUAUGGAAGACCUCAUGACUCAACUUGGCGUUGCAGCCAAUACAACGGCGUUGAUCUUGAAACGAGGGGGGCAACCGAGUGGGGUGUCCGCAGCGUUCCAACGACCAGCACCGUCCUGCCGGGUGAAUAUUUCCAAUUUCACAACGCUCGCAAGCAAAGAGCCUCCGGACUUCAAUAAAACAAACGCUACCGUGAUCAAGGCGACCAAUUGCAAUUUGAUUCCGUUUCGAGUCGGAGACUCAAUUCCUCCGCAAAAUGCUCGUCAGAUCUUAAUUGCAACCACUUGGCGAAGUGGCUCUUCUUUCACCGGAGACAUAUUUCAGCAUCUUCCAGGUGUAUUCUACUCUUAUGAGCCAUUGCAUAGUUUAACAGUUCAUGCUGUAAAACCGGAUAAGCAUGCAGCCUCCAUGCGCUUGCUCAAAUCAUUGCUGAAGUGUCAGUACAAAGACAUCGCUUCAAUGUCCAGUUUCUUCGUUGAAAAAAAACGCCCGAGUGUAUGAAGUAGUAGAUUUCUGCUACCUAACGGUGCUGCUUGUCAAAUGCCCGAAUUUUACCAAGCUGUGUGUCCACUCUUUCCUCUUCAAUUGAUGAAGACCGUUCGAUUGAGAGUGGAAUAUACUGCCGAGCUUUUGGCAGAUCCUGAGCUUCCCAACUUAAAAGUAAUAGCUCUAAUCCGUGACCCGAGAGGUACCAUGAAUUCCAGGUCCCGUCUAAAAUGGUGCGUGAAUAUCCAUUGCGACAAUGUGGUUAAACUUUGUGACGAACUCGACCAAGACAUUACUGUUGCUUACAAUCUCCGUGAAAAGUAUCCUGGUCGGGUACAUUUAGUACGAUAUGAAGAUUUGAGUACAAAUCCUUACGGAAAUGUGGACAAAUUAUUCGACUUUGUGGGUUUGCCACAAAAUCCAGUGGUUGAAAAGUUUAUCAAAAACCAAACUCGAACUGAUCGUUCACGACAAGACUUUGGGAGUGAUCCACAUGGUUCCGAGGCCAUUGCCUUUGCUUGGCGAAAAAAAAUGAAUAUAGAUGAGAUCCAAAAAGUUCAAGCCUAUUGUGAGAUUUCCCUUCAAAAAGCUGGCUACCAGCUAAUUCAGACGAUUGAGCAAAGAGAUGAUCCGACUUUUUCAACCCUUUCCAAAACAGCAAACGAAAUUUGGCCUUAUGAUGACAUAAAUGAAACCGAUAAUGAAGCCUGAACUAAAGCAAUCUGAAUUUGCGCUUGUUAACUGGUGUUUUGUUGCAUCAGCGGUACGUUUUAGGGCAGAUUAUAGUUAGUUGACAAAGAAAAACUAAGAUAUGUUACUUUAAAAAGACAAAGUGAUUCUUCUUAGCUUCUGACAUU